GGGAGGAGGCGACAUUGUGUGUGCGGGUUUUUGUUCUACUCCGGGCAGGCGGGCAGGGUUUGUGAUCGCCACGAGGGUUGGUGCCCUCUUGGGUUCGAGGAAUUGUCUGCGUCCUGAAGGACAACCUGUGGGCCAAGGCUUUCGUUGUUGUUGUUGGUGGUGGUGGUUGUUGAUGGUGGUGGUGGUUGCGUUGGGGCUAUUCUCGUCUACUUACCAGCGGAGCGAUCCCCACAGAGGAAGACCACGAAACUGAAGUUUGAAUUCUCCAAUUAAGUUCCGUGCAAAGCCCUUGCCAGAUUCCUGCAUAAUGGGUGGCCUACGCAUAGCAGACAUGUUCACCCUCGUGACUUUGCUGACGCUGGUGGCAUGUGGAGGCGUCUUCUCAUACCCAGGAGGCCUAAAGCCAGGAGAUCAGCUUAAGCCGGCACUGCGUUUCAUCGCCGUUGGGGAUUGGGGCGGCCUUCCGCUGCCGCCCUACGUCACGCCGCUGGAGGUGGCCACGGCAAAGGGGAUGACUCGCGUGGCCCAGACCAUGGGUGCCGACUUCGUGCUGGCGCUUGGAGACAACUUCUACUUCACAGGCGUCCGCAGCGUCGAUGAUCCCCGCUUCUCGGAAACCUUUGAGUCCGUGUACUCUGCGCCAGAGUUGCACAUUCCUUGGUACGUCAUCGCUGGCAACCACGACCACAAAGGCAACGUGUCGGCGCAGAUCGCCUACUCUCAUCGCUCCUCUCGCUGGCACUUCCCGGACUUCUACUACGACGUGGUGCUGCCCAUUCCAGGCUCCAAUGCGAGCCUCACCCUGCUCAUGAUCGACACGAUCACGAUGUGCGGGAACACCGAUGACUUUGGGCACGGGCAGCCUGAGGGUCCCGAAGACCUCGAGCUUUCCAACAGGCAGUUGCAGUGGCUCAAGGAGAAACUCAAGGCGGCCAAGUCGGAGUUUGUGGUGGUCGCAGGGCAUUUCCCCGUGUGGUCGGUGGCUGAACACGGCCCCACCCACUGUCUGGUCAAGCAUCUCCACCCGCUGCUGCAGAAGUACCAGGCUACCGCUUACUUCUGUGGGCACGACCACAACCUGCAGUACCUCCAGGAGACCGACUCGCCCAUCGGCUACGUCUUGAGCGGCGCCGGCAAUUUCAUCGACGAGUCGCUGAAGCACAUGGAUGCGGUGCCCGAGGACUCCCUGCGCUUCCACUUCUCCGACUUUGAGUCCCUUGGAGGCUUCGUCCAUGUGGAGGUGACGAAGGACAUCAUGACCCUGACGUACAUUGAGAGCCUGGGAAAGUCUCUGUACCGUACUACCCUGCCCAAGCGCAAACGAUUUUAAAUUAGGGGGGUGGGGGGCAUUUUCCACCAUGGCCCUCUCUCAGGAUUGGUGGGUUUCUACCAUUUGCCGUUUUUCUACCUCAGCUGGACGUGGCCGUCGACCCUGUUUUUAUAAAUACCUCGGUUCCACUACGACCAAGCCAUGGCAGGCCGUGCUGAAAUGGCUCGGCAUGGUUCAGGAUUCAAGUUUUUUUUCCACCGUUUAUACGAAGCCGUGGCGAACCUGAUUCAAAAUCUUAUGCAGACUUCACAAAAACGUCCGAAUCUGGCCUAAGGUUAUGUAGGGCCAGAGGCAGACAUAAUGACGCUUCCAUUGUUUGUGACAUCAAGCAGUACGGCUCUGGUUCUGUGGUGGAAAAACAACUUCAGAUGUCCUGAGCGGCUCUGGCUUUGCAUGGACUCGGUGUAGCUCUGAUGUACAGUGGAAAAGAGGUAUAAACAGAGGGUUGUUUCGGGCACGGCAAAGAUAGAAAUGCCCUUGUGAAGAAUUGCGGGGGGUUUUUUUGCAUGGAAUUUGGUAAAAAUUUGCAUGGCUUUUUAUGGCUUCUUGAGUUUAGUAGUUUUUUUAGGGGCGUUGAGGAUAUUGCAGAGGAUUAACGAGCGUAUCAUGCGACUGCCUAGUAACGUAUGAGGAUUGAUUGAUUUAUGUGUUGGCAGAAAGAGCUGUCAAAAGGUAAAGAUGUGGCCCUUCAACUUUUUAGUGCCACUGUGGGCGUCUUAACCUCCACUAGAGGGAGCUACCAGCAUAAAAAUAAGUUAACAUUGGACAAAUCGUUUAAAUUUUCAUACAGGAAGAAAAUAGUUGACUAUUUGGCAGGAAAUAAUGGUACGGAUUUCCAUUCUACUAACACAUGACUGGCUUGUUUUUAUGCAGUAAACUCUGUGCUGCUUAGCAAGAGUGGAUGAGGCCUUGUGGCAUUUUUCUUAUCAGGCUAAUUUUAACAUUGUGCCCGUCAAUGUAUGGACGUGUGGUGGUUUUUACGCCAAAGAUUUGAUUGUGUGGUUUUCAGAUUAGCCUUAAUUUUUUGACAAAUCUCUGUACGUGUGAUCCUAAAAACUUGAUUAUUUUUUAACUGACGAUUACUUUAUUUAGCCUGGUUUUGUUGAACACUUGCACAAACAGCAAUACAUUGUGAAUGUAAAACAACAUACCGUGUUUCUUUGAAGACCAUAUACACUUUUUAUGAUUGUAUUUGGUAGAUAGUCAUUUAUAAUUGCUGUACUCGCAUCUCAAUAAUUCCAGAUGCGAUACAAACAAAUGGAUGAUUACUUUAGGGGUUGUGUUUAUUCAUCAGUGCAAAGCAUGUUUUUUUCUCCAGAAUGUAUAGAAUGUGUAGUUAUGGAAAUGUUUUAAAAUGGCAAUUUUAAGUGAAUAAAUAAACAUUACAUUUUUUAUUUAGUAUAGUUUUAAAAUUGUUUUUUAAACAGUCGAAAGUAAUUUUGAUUGAUUCUUAGUCCUAUUUAGCUAUAUCGAAAUCAUUUUGAUUGUCAUUAUAACUUUGAAAGAAUGUCUGUUUACACACUCGAAGCCAUUUUAAUUUAAUAAAUCAGUGUAAUAGUUG